UCUUAAAGUUUUGCCGCAGUUCUCUCUCCCCCCUCUUAAACCCUAAUUUGCUUGUGCUCCUCUCGCGGGAUAUAUCAAGAGGAUUCAGAGGAACCCAUCUGAGAAAGUUCCGCAAUGGCUGCGAAUCCCAUUCCUGCUGGAAUCGAUAAAGAUCAGGCCUUUGGUAUGGCGCAAACGGAGAUGGAAUAUCGGGUGGAACUCUUUAACAGACUUGCCCAAACAUGCUUCAACAAAUGCGUGGACAAAAGGUACAAGGAAUCUGAGCUGAACAUGGGCGAGAACAGUUGCAUCGAUCGUUGUGUUUCAAAGUACUGGCAGGUAAAUGGAAUGAUUGGCCAGCUUCUAAGUGCCGGCAAGCCUCCGAUGUAAGGCAAUCCACCGUGCCUGGAAAACGCAUGGAGAAACAGAAGUUUGUGUUCUGUUUCUUUUUUCCCUUGAAUCCUUUCGAGCUAUAUUCUUGGUUUCUUGUCAAGAAAUUUGCCUCAUUAUUGUUAGAGAAAUUUGUUUUCUAUCAGAACCCCGUGAUUUUUACGAGAUGAAAUAAGGAAUUUCUGAAACAGGAGAA